GCAGCAAUUGAGGAACAGUUAGAUCUCAGUUGCAGAAAUAUCUUUGAAAGACCAUAAUAUCUGCUAGCACGCAUUUCCAUUGCUUCACAGAGAUUAUGGCACAAGCUGGGGAUCGAAGUUUUGGUGAUCACACCCCCACCAUAGCUACACAUGAGGGACAGCUUGAUGGGAAAAGUCUGAAUGCAAAUGAAAUUUAUGCCGAUGAAUCUGGGAGAGCUUAUGAUGAUGAGGAAGUUGAUAUCGAGAGAAUUGAAAAGGUUUACAGGAAAAUAGAUCGCCGCAUUAUUCCAGCAUUCUGGGUUUUGUAUUUCCUCUGUUCCGCUAUCAGAUCCAAUGUUGGUCUUGCUCAAACUAUGAAUGCAUCAGCUGGUCAUGAUCUUGCCCAAGUUUUGAACUUGACAGCCAAGCAAACUUCCACAGCUUUAGCUUUAUUCUAUGUUGCCUAUGUCGUCUUCGAUUUACCUUCAAACUUGGUUAUGACAAAGCUGAGCCCCAGAAUUUGGAUGAGUCGUAUUGUUCUCGCGGUUGGUAUUAUUGGAGCUUGUUUUGCAGCUGUGAAGGCGGCUUGGAGUUUGAUGCUCCUUCGUUUCCUUCUUGGUGUAGUUACUGCGGGAAUGUGGCCGGGAAUGGCUUAUUAUCUCACACUGUUCUAUCCACCCUCAAGAACUGGCAAGCGUAUUGGAAUGUAUUUCACUGCAUCUCAACUUUCUGCUGCUGUUGUAGGUCUUGUUUCCGCUGGUUUCCAAAAAAUGGAUGGGACUAGCGGACUCGUUGGAUUUCAAUGGAUGUUCUUGUUGUAUGGACUUUGUGGUAUUGUGCUUGGUAUCUCACUUCUUUGGUGGUUGCCAGAUCGUCCACUCCCCCCUGGAGAAGAGCGAGUCCCCACAGGUCUUGCAAAAUGGCUUCCUUCUACUCCACCGGUAUUGACGGGCGAAGAUGCCGAUGUUCAUUAUCAGGACCUGAGAAGAGUUUAUCAUCCAAGGUCGUGGGGCUGGAAAGAUCUUGCUUAUGUCUUGAUUGACUGGCGUCUUUGGCCUCUCACUCUGAUGUACUUCGGAGUCGUUGGCGUGGGUAUUGGAACACAACUUUACGCUACCGUCAUCAUACAAGGAAUCGACUCCUCCUUCUCGGGUAUAACUCUUAGCUUGCUCACCGCACCCAUUUGGAUCAUGGAUCUUAUUGCAAUUCUGAUGGUAACUCCAAUCUCCGAUCGUUUCCAUAAGUACCGAGCCUUCUUCUUCUCCGCCGCAGUACUUAUUCAAAUUGCUGGUCUCCUCACCACCACCUUUGCUCCUGUCUCUCACCCCUGGGCACGUUACGGUGGUCUCCUUAUGGUCGGAUAUGGGCUUGGUCCCACAGUCCCCAUCUGUAUGACAUGGACCAACGAGAUCUUUCAACAUCGCCACGGAGAAGUGGGCGUUGCCGCUGCAUCAGCUCUUGUCUCCGGUCUUGGCAAUCUCGGAAGUAUCACAACUACCUACGCACUCUAUACCGGAUGGCCCGAAGAUGCCAAAGCAGGACCUCAUCGCUACCGCAAGAGUAACCUCGUUAUGAUUGGUAUUCUCUGUUUGAGUAUUCUGAGCAGUGUCAUUAUGACCAUUCUUCUCAAGAUCUUCGGCAACCCACGCAGCACCAAGAUUCAAAGUAGUGGAAGCUCAGCCAGCGACGAAUUCCAAGAUGGUGCUGCCAGGCGCGAGCAGCAACAACGUGGUUUCGCGAAGAUGUGGGGGAGAAAAUAGUUUCGCCCGCUCUGUUUUACUAGCAUCCAAUAUCUCUAUUUUGGGAUAGGGGGAAGAGAUCUUCAACAUUUCACGAUAUGCUAGACUAUUUUUCCUCCGCAUCGGUAGCUCAACCUUCCAUCUCCACCACUCACACUUUGUCUCGAUCAACUCCGCCUCCACUUUUCACACUCUCUCACCACUCUUCCAACGCACCUCCCAUCUUUCUCCUCCCUCCUCACAAGGAGCAUCUACUCUACCUACAUCACCGAUUUCCGAUCCCAUUUCCUAAUCUUUUUUAUCUUUAAAUCAUCUCAUCACAUUUUUUUUUUGUUUUCUUUUCUUUAGUCUUUUAUCGUUUUGUUUCAGCGAAUGAUACCCCAUUUCACAGCGUAUGUUACGCUCAUCAUCUCGAAUUUCGAACAAUGGAAGUGCCGCUGCGCCACCAUUGGGAUAGGCGUAUCGGGCUGGAUUUACAGAUGUAUAUACCGCGACAAUGUUUUGCGCUAUCGUGUGUUGUCGUCUCGUGGGAAUUCCUGUUUUUUUGCUUUUGCUUUUUGUCUUUUGGUGGUUGGUGGUUGGAAAUUUUGACGAUAUUAGAGGGGAUAUGGUUGAUUUAUCUGUCUAAACUUAUAAAGAGAGAGAAAAAGAAGAAGAAGCUUUAUUAGAGAAGAAGUCUAUAUUUAUAUUCAUCCAAGAUGAGGAUA